GCAGCAGGGCUGGCUGUACAAGUCAAUGAGCUAGAGGGGGGUAACCUGGGUACCCCGAGCUACUAGACACAGGGAAGGGCCUGUCUGGGAAUCCUCCUGACUCGCAGCGGCGUUGUUUUUUGAAGGGGGGUAUCAUAUUUUCAGCCUUCCAGCUAGCUCCCUGUGCUGCAGAGCGGAGGGGGUGGAGGAGAGGUUGCUAUUGCUCCCUGUGUGUUGUUGGGAGAGGACAAGAUGGCUCGGCCCAGGCCCCGGGACUACAAGGCUGGAGAACUGGUCUUUGCCAAGAUGAAGGGAUACCCCCACUGGCCGGCCAGGAUUGAUGAACUUCCAGAAGGAGCUGUGAAACCGCCAGCCAACAAGUUCCCAAUCUUCUUUUUUGGGACCCAUGAGACAGCCUUUUUAGGUCCCAAAGAUCUUUUCCCGUACAAGGAAUAUAAAGACAAGUUUGGGAAGUCAAACAAACGGAAAGGAUUCAACGAAGGAUUGUGGGAAAUAGAGAAUAAUCCUGGUGUCAAAUUUACUGGAUAUCAGGCCAUCCAGCAGCAAAGCUCUUCAGAAACCGAAGGAGAAGGUGGUAACGCAGCAGACGGCAGCAGCGAAGAAGAGGGGGACAGAGUGGAAGAAGAUGGGAAAGGCAAGCAAAAGAAUGAGAAAGCAGGUUCUAAGCGGAAGAAGUCCUACACGUCAAAGAAAUCGUCCAAGCAGUCUCGGAAAUCUUCGGGAGAUGAGGGGGAAAAAGACAGCAAAGACGAGGAGAAUAAGAGCGGUUCAGAGGCUGGUGACGUGGACAAUGACACAAGGAACGCUUCAGAGAACGUUUAUUCGAGAGGUGGGGCGCGUAAGAAAUGCACAGAUCCUAAAGAGAAAUUAUAAAUCUUAGUGGCACACAGGCAAGAUUUGACAUAACCAAGUACUGCAUACCAUUGGAAGAGGUCCAUAAAGCGCUGUGCAGUAUUCUUGGAUUUGAUAUAAUUCAACGCAUUUCAUUGUUUCCACCUAGAGAUUGUCAGUUUGUAUACAUAAUAUAAUUUUCCUAUCUGUUGUACUUGCUGGCCUUUCAUUUUUUUAUGUUGUUCUCUUGCAUGAUACUGCCCUCUUAUCAGGCUGAAGCUAUGAUAUAUUUUUACAGCCCUCAAAGUGAACACAUUUUUACUCCCAUAGCUAAGAGCUUUAAUUAGCGUAAUGAUUAUGGACUUAUUGCAGAACUAUUUUCAUACAACAUCACAUGUGUCCACCUCCCUGCUGCAGUGGAAGCAAGUGAUCACACCCCAGAUUACUCCCCUAUAUGAAAUGUGUUUAUAGAACUCAAUGAUGGCUUGACAAAUUGAUUACAACGUAAAGAAUAUCCCUUUCCCCAUAAUGCAAGAACAGAUCAUGAGAUAUUCCGUUCAGUACCUGGUUGUAGUCUGAAAUAUCCAUUGUCACACUUCUAGUUCUAGUUGUUGCUUCGUACAUGUCGGCAGGAGCUUGCAGAUGAUUGUAAACCAGUUCCGGGAAGAAUUGCUCAACGAGAAUUGGGUUAAGUUGAUUGCAUUUUCCUGCAAUGCUUAAGUUUAGGGAGGUUGGGUGUCCUUUUGCUGCCCACUGUAAAAUAUCUUUGUACAUUAUCCCUCCAAAUAUAAUGGCAGCUAAAAUGUGACGAGGACGGAAAAUCUUUUG